AUGGCUUCUUCUCAGAGUAAGGAUCUUCCCUCUUCCUCGUACUUCUCUGCGUUUGCAGCAAAUUAUGUUCAGCAAACUGGAAGAAGCACACGCCGUGUCUUUGAGGAAUCAUUCGAAGAGAUCCAGGCUUCCAAGCCCAUCAACAAAGACUCUGUGGUGCAUGACAAUGCUGCUGGGCCUGGAAUAGCUGCUUCAGUUAUUCUUGAAAAGCUGUCUACUAAGGAUGUUCCUAAGAUGCUAGUGACGGACAAUGUGCCGCCUAUGGUCCAGGGGGCUCAAGAUUCUUUCACGUCUUGGCCCCAGGUAGAAUCAAAGAUCCUUGAUUCACUCAACCUAGAGGGUAUUUUAGACGAUUAUUUCACACACAAUAUCCUCAACUUUAGCGUCUUCACUCUCGCUGAGCCCUUAAAGGGUCUGAAGGAAAUGCACCGCACGCUCAAGCUAGAUGGUCUAGCUGUCAUAUCAUGCUGGAGGCGCUUUGCCGCUGGCCAACUUAUUCACGCCGCCCAAGCCAUUGUGAGACCUGACCUGCCUCCUCUAAAGAUGCCUCACCCUGAGUUCUUGGAACCAGGCGUGCUGGAAAAAACAACAGCCGAAGCUGGUUUUGAUUCUGCCAAGUUUAAGCUCUUAGAGAAGAGUAUUGUCGUCAGUGGACCUGAACUUGACGACGGGUUGAAGAAGUUUAUUCUUGGACCUUUGAUGGCACCUGCUCGGGCUGGGUUCACGGAAGAUGACGAGAAGAAGUGGCCUGAAGCUGUUGAUGAGGUUAUCAAGAAGGAGGUUGAGACUUAUGGAGGAGUCAAGUUUGAUGGAUGGGUUCUUCUGGCUCAGAAGUAA